CGGAGAUAAAGCAAGCUGAACGCACUUUUUCUCUCCGCGAGUAACACCUCACGCAUUCCUAUUACAAGCCCGUUCCAGCACUAUGUCGUCGUCGGAUUCCGCGAUUCAAGAGCGUUUACAAACGGCCGCUUCUGACCUUGCCUCGCUAGUUCGAGUUUCUCAUCGACUAGCACUGGUAGAUACAAGUGACCGGCUCCAGCAAGUCCUCGAAAAAUUGCUCCCCCGCCUUUUGAAACGAAUAGGUGACAAUCAUUUGGAGGCAUCUAACAGCGAAUCGGCACUAAAAUCCGCACUUGACAAGAUACAUGUGAAACUAGUUGAAACCCUGUCCCACACGAUGAAAAGAGUGCGAGAAGACAACGCGUGCAAAUUGCCUUGCUUAGACAUCUUGAAGCUGCUGCUAAAUGAGAGCGAGCCCGGGAAAGAUCAGGCCAGCUUGCCUGUCGCAAAGACCGCUGUCGAUCCCUUUACUUUGAAUUUGUCGCUCACUUUCUUAACGAUCGGUUUGCCACGAUCGGACAGACUAGAGUUGGAUUCUCUAUGGCCCGGUCUUCUUGUCCUCGUCGGGCACACAGCAACACUGGAGGCUCUAGGCAACGCGACUAGACGAUCGCAAGCCAACCAGUUGGCCCAUUUGUUGCUACAAUGCGUUGAAGGCUCGGUUCAUCAAAUUUCUUCCUCCGGAAAAGACAAACCUUCCACGGGCCCAACUAUUUUCUCGGAAAACCUGAAGAGCUCCUUGCCUCUUUCGCGUCAGGCUUGUCGGGAUCCAACUAUCGCCCCAGUGUUUUAUGAUCUUCUCCUAGACGUGAUUCUUUACCAGCCGACGGCGGGGAAUGUCCCACCAAAUGGCCUUUCGCAGGCUGGCUCGGAGCGGCUUCAAGAGGGUAACUCGCCAAGUGCACGCGACUGGGCAGCCGAGAUGGCAUCACGCACACGUCUCGUGCAACUCAAAUUGUCAGUACUUGACAUUAUAUCUCCCAGUCGACACUGGGCCUUGUUCUUGGGCACUCCGAGUCAAGAGAAUUCCAAUUCCCUUGGAGUGGCGCGGACAGUGGCAUUGUUAGUGGCAGCAAGUGGAGAUCCCAUGCCAGAUGUAGCCAGUAGAGCUGCAUCUUAUCUUAAGGCAUACAGAGAUUCUUUUCGGGGUCACAUCUCUACCACAACACAGCUCUAUGGUAAUCCAAUAGCUCUUUUUGUUGAGCUCCUCUCUCUCUGCUUGGGACAGGCCCAAGCGGAAGCGUCGCUUACUGGAAUCGCAGGCUGGAAAUCUACUCCUUUGGGGAAAACUGAGCCUAUGACAGCUACUGGGAACGUUCAGCUAGUUCUUUCAACUAGACGAAGGUCGUUGAUUGACUCGCCAAUGGCUUCCCUGGUAUCUUUUGUUUCCUCGUCUCUUUUGGAAUUGGAUCCUGAACUAUUGAAUGAUGUCAACGUGACACACGUUCGGGCUUUCGCUACUUUGGCUAUUCAAGUCUCACUUCAAUCAUUAAGAAAAGUAGGUUCUCCGACAGGUUUAUCUACGCAGCGUGCCAAACAAUUUGUCGCGGCCGCCGAGCUUCUCAAUACUUUGGCCGUUCGCCUUGUUGUCUGCUUUGACUCGAAAUUGCAUGGAAGUGAUGAUUUAGCCAGUCUGAUGGCACAAAGUUUGGUUGCGGCGUGUUCAGCUCUUAGCAGUAUAGCGUCUCUGCAGCGUCCUCUGUCGGAUAGUCUAGGGAGUGAAGGUAGUAUAGCCAUAAGAGAUGCCUGUUACGGUGUUAUUUGCUCACUUUCCCGAUCGCAGUUCGCGUUGUUAAAGGAGGGCUACAUAUUUAACCAGGGCAGUCCAAGAGAAGAGCUGAUGACGCCAAUCACACAGUCGGUCAGCAUUGAAACUGUAACCUUGUUGUUUGGAUGUGCUUCGAAGGAAUCGGAGAAGUUGCGUGCAAGGGCUGUCGCUGCUUUGGACGCCCUUUUGGGUGCUUAUUGCCGCGUUUAUACUGACAAAGAUGUUGAACAAAGAAAGCAAGAUACUGAGCAUCAACGUGUGACCGAAAAUCCGUGGAUAGAUGCUGCAACGAAGAAGAAAAAGCAUGAAUAUACACCACCUGUGCAUAAUAUUGAACUUUCUCGGAGCCUCCUGCCGUUGCUGUGGACCUCCGCUCAAAGUUUCCAGCCAAAAGCUUCGCGCGUCGCAGCUGCUCGUUGGUCAUCUGAGCUUCUCAGGAAGACGCAGCUUUCAACCGCCUGCCAUUUACUAUGCUUUCUUGCAGGAGAUGGGGACGUAACUGCUGCAUCAAUUGCCAAGAAAGGAUUGGGUUUAUCAAAAGCCUCUUCGGGAAUAUCAACAACCGAAGUCGGAGAAAACUCCUUACCCGAAUUCGGAGAGUUCGCUCAAUUGGUUUUCCACAAAGGCCCAAGCUCGACCCUUGGACAGCUUCAUCGAUACUGGAGCUUCUCGUUUCAAGGCAAAGAAGCAGCACUAAGAUUUGGACUUCGUUGCAUGCUCAACGAUCUAUACGAUGCUGAAAAUGAUGCCAUAAGUUUAUUUCUCUCUACUUUGACGGAAACUCUUGAAAUGUUCGCCCAUGAAGCGACGAGGUCUUCAUCCGCAGGUUCCUCGUUGAGUUUACUCGACGAGUUUGCCAGGCGUUCUAUUUUGAAUGCAUCGUCAUUUGGGUUGGCAGAGCUUGAGGCACUUGUUUUCAAGUCCAGUUCCUCUAAGGCUCGUAGACAACUUGCCGGGGCCCUUGGUGCGCUAUAUGAAGACACCAGUGUAUCCAGGGACAUAAAUGCACAGCAUAAUGAAAACGGCAAUCAAAUUAUAAUGCUGAGCCUGGGUCGCUCGCUCGCUUUGUGUUCGGAAAACCUAUACAGUUUGAACAGCAACGUAUCUACAACAAGUCAAAUUCACGGUGCCUCCUUUCUAGGCGGUCAUUGUGUUCGGGCUCUGCGUUUAAAAAAUGAAACAGAUGACAGCGCAAUGGUGCUCAAUAGUAUUGCAGACGCAGUGACCAAAUAUGGGCAUGGGGAUCUAAUGGACGCUCCACGCGUAGCAAAACUUGUCGUGGCGGCAGGUCAAUGCCUUGCGGCCACGACCAUUAUCGCUGAGUCCUUGGAGCAAUUGGAGCUUGCCGUACCACGAUAUAGGUGUUUUCAAGCAAUUCUUUUGCUCUUAGGCUCAACUUCUUACAGGAAGGAUGAAGAAAUCGCACUCGUCGCCGGAGAGGCAUUGGCUCUGUACAGCGACGCCUACAGCCCUGUUAACGCUACUUACGGGAAAUUAGACGCAAACAACUGGCCUCACGACUACUCGGAAGACUACGCCCGCCAGCUCCCACCGCACAGUCAAACCCUUUACGUUCUGCUCAGAAAGUACCGUUAUUUGUCAAGUCCCCAUGAACGAACGUCGUCGGCCCAGGCUCUCCUAGCAUUGGUUGGAAGAUGCGCUGGAAGGCGUUCGAUGUCUUACAAAUCAUAUUCUGCUCAUUCGUGGUUGAAGGUCCAAGCUGACAGGAAGUAUGCUAGUAGAUUUUUGCCUCAAUCUCUUCUCCUGCGCUUGGAUGAGAUUCAGCAGGCCUUUAUUGGGCUGUUGGCUGACCCUAAAAGCAAGCAUCUGUCAAGAGAGAGCUGUUGUCUUGGCUUAGCGGCGUGUAGAGGAUUGGCCGGAUCUUCGACAUCACAAGCAACAACUAGUGAGAAGCUCAACCUAAGGCUACUUCAUGCCUUUGGCCAAUCGACCAAUUUCGGCGGAAGUGCACUUAUGGAAACUUCUGUGCAAGCCACACAGAGAAGAGAAGCUGACCAGGAAGGGAACUCAUCAGCACGAGAGCUGAUGGAGCGCUUCGGAAUUGAAGACGAAACCGGUGGUACGUCUGGAAUGGGAGAAGCAGCUUUAGGGGCAUAUAGGGAGAUGGCAUCAGCAAGCGUUUCCCUGGGCAGGCCUGAAAUCUUGUACGCACUACUUGUGCUUUCUGUAUCGCACAGUGUUUGGUUCUCAAAAGAAGCGCUCGAGAAGUAUAGUGCUGCUGCUCUACUGGGAAAUGACACGUUUGGCGGGUCGCGAAUGCAUUCCACUGAGAUACGGAGUGCUCUUCGCCCACAUUUGGGAAAGCUGCUCCCGAGAUUGCUAAGAGCUUGCCAUGACCCAAAUAAGCAGACUCGCGAGCAAAUGUCGUUUUUGUGGAACGGCCUGACCGGUGGCGGUACAGAAUCACGCCAGAUUAUCUCCAUCUACUUUGACUCUACUCUAGACACCCUUUUGGAAGCUGCUACCAAUAAACUAUGGAGGGCUAGAGCUGGAGCUUGCGGUGCUUUGACUGAAAUAAUUGCAGGGCGAGACUGGUAUUCCUUGGGCGGAGGCCCUCCGAUUCUGAACGAUGAUGAUCUCUUUGGUACGGGUCAUAUCUCCGCCGGAGUACGCUUAUUGCGUUUAUGGCGUGUGGCAAUGCGCUCUUUGGAUGACGUACGCGGUGCUGUGAGAGAAAGGGGCGAGGCACUUGGCCGGGGACUUCGAGCUCUAACAAUUCGUCUUUGCGACAAUUCUCUAUCCGACACAAAAUCUGGAGCCAAGCGAUCUCGAGAGAACCUUGCAGUACACGAGCGAGACGCAAGUGCGGCAGCAGCGACAUCAAUCAGAUGGCUUGUGCGUCAUGGCUUGAACCAAAGUUGUCCAGAGGCAAGCGGCCUCUCUGUUUCCACACUUGUUGAGGUUGUUCAAAUGGUGAGACCGCGAAUAUUGGAACCCAUCCUUCCUCUAUUACUACGCUCUUUACUGCUAGCCAUGUCUGGGCUGGAACCAGCGGCUCUCAACUUUUUGCAGCUUCGAACUCAGGAUCAAGCUGGACUUGAGCGCCUGAGGCUACAACUGGCUCAGACGGGCCCUCUUGCAUCUGCUGUCUCCAAGUGCGUGGACCUGCUCCCCAGCGUUUCCAUAAAGACGCAGCGGGAAGUCAUCACAGAGUUGGACUCUACCCUUCGCCUUUCUGCAGGUUUUGCAUCCCGGGCCGCAACUGCGGAUGCUGUAUCCAUGCUCUGCAACACGUGUCCAGAUGCUUUUCGAUUUGCUGGGGUUCCGAGUGGUCUACACCCAACAGUGAGACUUCUCCGUGCUUUCUAUUUCGCCGCAGAGCGAGAGAGAGGCCAGGGUGCCAAAGACAAAAUGAUACAUUCUCUAGGUAGCCUAGCUGCCCUGUGCCCUGGGGGGUCUGUUCGAUCGUUGGCUGCACGUGCAUGUGAUAAUUACAACAGAAGCACGGGGAAUAAUGACGACCCAGCAGCGAGAAAAGCAGCAGCAUCUGCUCUUCGAGCGAUUGCAGUUCGAGCAUCAAGCCAAUUUUCAGAUGGCGGGACAUCCGAUAUUUGGCGACGGCGUGUUUUGCCAGUCGCUUUUGUUGGAAAGCAAGAUUCAGACUCAUCUGUUCGGACUAUGUGGACAGAAGUUUGGAAAGAAGGAGAGUGCGCUGUUUCUUUUGGAAAGGCUGUUUGCGGAACUAGUUUAGAGGAGCAAAUUUUGACAGAGAUUGUACGCGAAUGCAAUUCGGCUCUGGGCGAUGUGUCGUGGUCGCGCAGAGUAGCUGGAUCCAAAACGCUGAUUGGUUUGUCCAAAGCUGGAGUUCUUGGGCCGACUUCGAAAAGCUCUAAUCAGGGGGAUUCGUAUCUUCGAGCAAAGCGAAGAGCAAUGGCAAGCGCUUCAGCUCUGACAGUCUGCAUCAAAGUUCUGCAGAAACGCAGGCUGUGGACCGGAAAGGCCACUGUACUUUCAGCCGCCAUAUCUAUUUGUACUUGUUGGAUCAAGCCUCAAUUCGACGCUGGCAUAGACCAGAGCCUUUUACUUGGUUUUGAAGGUAAUUCUGAGAUGUGCCCAUGGAAACCAAUCACGCACGUGGCCCGUGAUGGGGAUCUUUUGAAAGAGGACAGUUACUUCUUGUCAGAAAAUGCGAAUACGGAGGAGGAUAUUCCCUGUUGUUCGAAUAAUACCGAGAAUUCUACUGAAGGGACCUCUUCAGUAUUUGACUUCAUGGAGUGCGAUAAGAAUGCCGAAUCAGAAGAGGUUACGCCAUCGACACUGAACGAAAACCAGAUUAGAACCGCCUCUCUAACCGGGAUCCUUCGUUUCCUUGCGAGAGAGGGCAUGGUGACCGACUACUCGCAAAACGACACCGAUUCUGAUGAGUGCUUGCCAUACAAGCUUGCCGCAAUGGGGGGAUUUGUCGACCUUCUUCAAGAAAUUCCGCCUUCAAUGGCUUCGUACCGAAUGGAACUCUAUGAGCUGAUAUCUGAUUGUCUCCUGAGCCCCUUUGACGGGUCCUUUCGUAAGGAUCCAAAGACGUCGAAGCAGCCGCCCGUGCUGCUAGCUGCUGCCCUCAAGGGUUGGUGUGGACUUUUCUGGGAAGGAGUAGGGGCAAUAAAAGGCACCCCUGAAACUGCAGAUGCCGUGUUUGUUGCAAAAUUGCUUCGACAAGCCGGAGGAAAGCAGCAAUCGGCAUGGACGUUGAGAGAAAUAGCUCCGUUAUCUGCAGGGCGCUAUGUUGGGCUUUGCGGUUUGGAUGCGCUUCGGAACUACCAAUUCGUUUCUACUUUAGCCGACAUCGUCCGAUUUGCCCUAGAAGACAAAAAAUUUUGGCGUGUGAGAUUUGCGGGACUACAGCUUUUGACGAAACUCGUCGGCAGGGUUAAUACCGGACCGAAGGAACUGGUUCUCGACGCUCUGCUCCCUUUUAAGGAAAUUUUUCUUCUUCUAGCAAAAUCAAUGUUAAGAGACUCCGAAGCCCAGAUUACUGCUUUAAGCAGCGAGUUGGUAAGCAGCAUGGCAUGGUGGCCAUAGCCACAAAGGGCGCUAGACCGAAGUACUUCAUUCAUUCGCUGUCAAUGCCAUCUGCGUUGCAUUGUGUGAAACAAAUACCCGGCAUGGUAAGGGGUAUGAAAAAAAGAUUGCAUCCACUCUUCUGGUAUUCUUGGUCAAACCUGGAAUGGAGCCAGACGUUGGAGUGCGACGCGACCUUUCUUCCCAGUGAGCGUGACUUUGUGUGUUACUUAAGAACAACAGCAGCACCGCACCUCUCGGAACAAGACUUUGUUUUCCUGCCUUUACUUUUCAUAUAAUUUCGGGCGACACGGGCAUUCCAUGAAUCGAAAGUAAUCUGUCGCCUUGUCGGGACAAUUUGUAGUAAAUCCGAUGGCGGGCUCGUCAAACUUGCUCCUCCGUUAGGUCGAGCGAAAAGAGUGGCAGCCAUACGUUUUCGGAUUCGACUGGCUUCCGGAGAUUGGGUGACACUAUGGCAGCAUGCUGGAAAGUACCCGCCGGAAAUCCGGGAAAGUAUAGACCCGACUAAAACAAUAGCAACAGCAUGGCCAGAAUAUGGUACCUCCGCCCAAGACCGUUCCCCAUCGGGACCUAAAAUACUGUAUCGCAAACCUUGAGAUCCAGCUUGUUUCCCGGGACGAUCAUGAAUGAUCACAGACACGAUAGACGGAUCAGUAUGAGUCGGCAGCAGGUAAAUAUCCUCUUUGCCUUC